GUUCCUGUAGUGGAUACCAAGCACAGAGGACCACGAUGAGGAGCCUUUUUCUGCUUCUGCUGGUUGCGUUGGCAGCCAUGGGAGAGAGUCGUGGUGGUAGCAAGUUCAACAGUCGUGGUCAACGGGAUCUCUUGUUGCGCUCCAAAAGAAGAUGGGUCCUGUCAACAAUUGACUUGGAAGAGGAAAUGAAAGUGGAUUACCCAUACAAAAUUUCUACGAUGUAUAAUGACCAGACUGAAGGGCAUAACUACAAAUUCAUAAUCAGUGGAGAAGGAGUAGAUCAGGGGCUGUUUUCUAUUGGUGAAAAAUCUGGAGAUGUGUUUGUGCAUAGACCCAUCGACAGAGAGAAAAAGUCAACCUAUCAUAUCACGUUUGAUGUCUGGAACUUAGAAACUGAUACAGGACUUGACAAGGAACUAGCUUUCGAUGUGGAUAUAAAGGACAUUAAUGACAAUGCACCUAAAUUUAUCAAAUUUAAGCCAAAUGCUCAAGUGAAGGAAAACGCGGAGGAGGGGUACCUGGAUGCACUGAUUGAGGCUACAGAUGACGAUCAGGAAAACACCCCUAAUUCAACAGUUGUGAUCAGCGUGAGUCAACAAAACCCACUUGAGCCCGCCAUUGAGGCAUUUCAGAUUGAUGGCAGAAUGGCUCGACUCAAAUUCAAAGGAUGCUUCGAUUACGAUAAAGCAAAGCAGUAUAAAAUUGCUGUUAUAGCAAAAGAUAAAGGGAAGCCACCACUGUCCAGCACUAGCGUUAUUGUGCUCAACGUUAUUGACACGAACAGUCAUCAACCAACAUUUUCAGAGAGGCAGUAUAAAGUUGAGGCUUUGGAAAUGACCAAGUUUGAUGAGCUUUUGAGAAUUAAGGUGACGGACAAAGACACUCCGAACACUGAUGGCUGGCGUGCCAAAUUCCACUUUAUCAGUGGCAACGAGGAAGGAAUUUAUGAAAUUAAAACUGACCCAGCAACAAAUGAUGGCAUUCUGAGUGUUGUCAAGGAAAAGAAUUUUGACCAAAACACUUUGGUAAACUUGAAAAUUGGCGUUGAAAACAUUGAAUCGUUAAGUAUUUGCAAAGAUAAUAAAUUAAUUAAAGAGCCAAAGGACCUUCCACCUCAAGAUUCAGUCAAUAUCACAGUGACAAUGAUUGACACCAAUGAUGCACCAGUGUUUGAAAAAUAUACAGACGAUGUGUACCAGACAGAGGAAAUGGAGCCAGGCGAAGUUUUGUACUCUCCAAAAGUUCAAGAUAUUGACUCCCCAACGUUCAGGUUUGUCCUGGUCGCUGAUCCAGCUAACUGGGUGUCUAUUGAUGAAAAAACAGGAGAUAUCAAAACAGUCGCAAGGAUGGAUCGAGAGUCACCCUAUGUUGAUGAGGACAAUAUUUACAGAAUUGUUAUCGCUGCCAUCGAUGAUGGUGUACCUGCUGCCACAAGUACAUGCACAAUCAAGGUUCACCUCAGGGACAUCAACGACAACACUCCUAAACUGGUCAACAAGACUUUGAUCAUGUGUGGAAACCGAGUUAACAAGAUUAUGGUGCCUGCUAGGGAUGCUGAUGCCGAGCCAUUUAGCGGGCCCUUCAGCUUUACCUUGGAGAAUGAUAAAACUCUGAAUGCGCGCUGGAAAUUAGAACCUGCCUACGGUGAAGAAUGCGGCCUUGUUAGUAAGAAAACUCUUCCCUAUGGUAACUACUCUGUGCCGCUGGUGAUUGAAGAUAAACAGAACCUGAUUGGACAUGAGACCCUGGAAGUGGUGCUGUGUGACUGUGAUAAAAGCGAUGUUUGCCGUGGAGAACUCCCACUCGCAGCAAACAUAUCUGGAGCGGGCAUUGGACUCAUUCUUUCCUCGGUGCUUUUGUUUUUGUUACUUUUGCUUGUUAUCGGUUGUUGGACGGGAAAGCAGACGUUUAAAUACAUAGAUAUGGAUGAAGGCAACCAGACACUUAUCAAGUACAACCAAGAAGGAGGGGGCGCUACUUGCAUGGCUGUACCCAUUCCCCUGUCACCAACGGGUGCUAUAAAUGUGACAGAUGGUCUCAAGCAGGGCUUUGCACAGAAAACUGAGACCGCCCCAGGGCUGAUUAAUAAUGUGGAGACCUACAGCUCCAUACACAACUUUAAUACCUAUAACAUGCAAUCCAAAAGCUUGCGGCAACAACGAGGGUCUCAUAGAAGCUACGAGGGGCCAUCCAGAAGUGCAUCCUUGAAUGCCAGCAGGAGGCAAACAGUACAGGGCAACAACUCAUUCUACAAACGCUCUCUGAGCAUAAGGUCAGAGCAACGCCUCGCAAGUCAAAUCAUGCAGAGAGUUUAUGCUAUAAGUGAAGACGACCCAUAUUUCAUGGUGGACAAACCGUUCAGUUAUGUAUAUGAGGGGAAGGGCAGCAUAUGCCAGUCGCUGGACCAGCUGUCGCUCAAUAACCAGGAGGAUGAUUUGCACUUUUUGGAUAAUCUUGGUCCAAAGUUCAAGAUCUUGGGAGAGAUCUCUACGCAUUCUAAGAACAUGCAGCAGUAAAAGGCACGGCUCGCAUGGAAACUUGAAUGUCAACUCUUCCCUCCUAGUUUCUGAUUGCAGAUAUGGACUGAUUCAACGGGACUCUUUAAAAAGCAAAACACCAAACUGGCUGGAUUAUACACUUGUGCUUUUUGUAAAAUAUGGACUUAAACAUGCAACAUUUUGUAUUGUAUUGUAUAUUUGCACCUAUCCAUGAAACAUGAAUUCUGUACAGCAUGUCAUGCUUCGGUGAUUCUAAAAGGUUGGAUUUUCUCAGUAACUGGAUGUGUUUGCUCGUUUUCUGUUUUCCUGAGACACGGCGCAUAAGUGACACCUUAAUAGAGAACUAUUUUGAGCUUUGGUGGUUCUGCCAGGACAUUAUUUUGACAUUUACUGUAAGGGAAGGACACUUGUAUAAACUGGGGUAUUUUAUAACAUGUAAAAUUUAAGGUCUCUGCAUGCACAUCUCCAGAACUGCAAUUAUAAAGGGUUUGUAAGGAGCACAAGCCUAGAUUUCAUUGGCUAAAGUCAAACAAUCAGGAACCAAAAUUGGCUAUUUCCACAAACAGUAAACGUUGGUUGUUCGUGAUUUAGUGUUUAACGAAACAAUGGUGAGAAGUUAACUGCAGAUCUAAAAAACAAAUAAAUCACUUUUGUUUAUAAGCAUCUUUGGACUUCUUGUCUUUUU